AUGAAGGUAGAAGACGGAAAUUUCUAUUUUGACGUUUUAUGGGAAACUGGAGAAACCACAGUUGAGCCAAUGUCCAGUUUAAGAAAACUGUCUCAUGUCAAACUACAGGAAUUCUAUCAAACAAAUGAGAGCAUCGCCAAAGAAUGUUUCUUUGAAAAAUACUGCUGGCGUAAAGGACAUCAUGAAGGAAAGGCAGAAAAUGAAAAUGCUUCGAAUAGAGAAGAAGAGUUAGGAAACCUACGAGGACAAGAGCAAUCCGACGGAGAUGACGAACACCAAGUGAUGGUCGAGCAACCUAUUGUGGAAGAAAACCUCCUAACAAAGGAAAUCAAAGUUGAGCUAGAUCCAAAUGAUAUUCAUAUGAACGAACCAACCGAAAACAGGGACAAUGAAAAUGCUGCAGUACCACUUCAGACGGCACACAGUGUGACCGCAGCGGGAACAUACAAAGUCAGACCUGCAAGUGCUCCUCCGAGUUUUAGAGGAGAAUCCAAGGCAUCAGGCCUUCAAGAAUUUCAGGUAAAAAAGAAGUAUACUCAUAGAAUCGAGGAAAUUUUGAGAUACGAGAAGAAACCAGCCCCAAAGGUGGAAAUCACAAUGGAUGUUUGGAAUGCUAUUCUGAACGAUGCCCGGUUUGAAGUUCCGUUUGAAAUCGAACCUGAUAGCGAUAGUGAAGAUGAAAUCGAAUCGGAUGAAGAAGAUGAUGUUGACAGCGAUUCUGACUAUGAUGAAAGUUCAGUAUCAUCCAUUUCAGAAGAUGCAUUUGUUGAUAUUAUGACUUUGGAUGGAGUACCAACUGUAGCAGAUUUAUCUGGUCAACUUCCAAGUAAUGAUCAAGUGUUGAGAGCAUUUUCUAAGAUCUUGAACAUUACAGCUCAAUGA